GUACAGUAUUUAUCAUCACACAAUUAGAAGGCACCAGAAAUCUUCUGUCUCAUCCACAAAAAUAUCCGAUUCACUCUUUCCCCUUAUCCUUAGCAAUUUCAGUGCUUUUCUGCAGUCAUGGCGGAAGGACACGUCGCCCAAUCAACCCAAGGCCAAAACCUCCCACUCCAAGACCGUGUAGCCAUUGUUACAGGCUCUUCCCGCGGAAUCGGCAGAGCAAUUGCCCUCCACUUGGCCUCUCUCGGCGCUAAACUCGUCAUCAACUAUUGUUCCAACUCCACUCAAGCCAACGACGUCGUAUCCCAAAUCAAUUCCACCUCCACUUCCAAUUCCCCACGUGCCAUCGCCGUCAAAGCCAAUGUCUCCGAUCCGGAUCAAGUCAAAUCCCUCUUCGACGCUGCAGAAACAACCUUCCAAUCUCCGGUCAACAUCCUGGUCAACUCCGCAGGCGUACUCGACCCAAAAUACCCGUCACUCCUAAACACAACCCUAGAGGAUUUCGAUCGCACGUUCCAUGUGAACGCGCGUGGAGCCUUCAUAUGCUGCAAAGAAGGCGCUAAGAGAAUAAAGCAUGGAGGAGGGGGAAGGAUUAUAUGCUUAACGACGUCGUUAGCUGCGGUGUUUAGGCCUGGGUACGGGGCGUACACUGCGUCAAAGGCGGCAGUGGAAGCAAUGGUGAAAAUACUGGCGAAGGAACUCAAAGGGACAGGGAUAACAGCGAAUUGUGUGGCGCCAGGAGCCGUAGCAACGGAGAUGUUUUACGAAGGGAAAACGGAGGAGAUGAUAAAGAGAGCAAUUGAUGAGUGUCCACAUGGAAGGCUUGGACAGACGGAGGAUGUUGCACCAGUGGUUGCGUUUUUGGCUGGUGAUGCUUCUGAAUGGGUUAAUGGACAGAUUAUUCGUGUCAAUGGCGGCUAUGUUUGAUUGUUUUGCAAGAGUUAAGCGUAUUUACUGCAGUUUCAAUUUGAUAUCUGUUUGAUUUUGUUUUA